AUGGCGAUUCUUGAAAUUCCUCUUUAUCCCGCUGCCCACGUCCAAUGGGUGAUUGACGUUGGGAUGUAUGAGCCGCUUUACUUUGCAUUUGACGCUUACCCAGCAGUGGUCCCCCGCGUGAGAGUGCGAGGCGUCAUGGCCCUCUUCCUCGCGGUCUCGAUCUUGUGGGCUUUAAUCUGGCUUCUCUACCGUGCAUGGCAAGUCUGUCAGACUUCCAAUGAGGUCCUGGUGGAGAAGCUCGGGCUCGACAUCCCUCCGCCCCCAGAGGUCACCCUCGAAGAGAUCACAGCUCAUGAAAUUCGCAUUGCUUGGAAACAGCCCGACUUCCAUAACUCAAUACAUAAGCAUAUAAUUCAAGUGAACAACGUGAAAGUCGGUGAAUCCAAACGAGCAGAAACAGCGGUGGAAAUAUCAAAUCUCCUACCCGGGAGCAUCUACCACAUUUGUGUUCUUUCCCUCAGUGCCGCCAACUUUCAGACUCCCAGUGCGAUCCUCCAUGUCCGGACGAAAUGCUCCCCAGUAUCCGAAGCCCAGCAAAAUGGCAGUGCCGGAGGCCCCAUUAUCCGCGCCUCAAUACCUAGGUCUACCGUAGGCCUUCCUACACCAUCUGCCCCAGUCAUGGCUCGUGAGCAUAGUGCGGGCCAAUUACCGGGAAAACGCCCCUCUGCCGCACGGAAAAUCUCACCCGCAACUGGAACUAUGGACGUUUCACACGGCAACUACGAAGAAAGCCUCAAAACUAGAGCAAAGACUGCCAAAGAAGAGACACUGGAGCAAUUAGCAGAUCGUUUGAAAACGCUACAACAUGAAAAUGAAAGUGUGGAGAAGCAGGGUACCGAGGAGGAAGAAGAGCAUAUUGCAUUGCUAAAGGAUCUUGAAAAGCAACGCAGCGAAUUGCGGAAACGCGUUAAGGAGAAGGACGAAGCAAGUGGCGAUUUGAAAAAGCACGUCUACAAGCUGGAAAGCGUCAACCGGACGGUGCAAGGUGAAAAGUCAAAGCGCAUGCGACUUCUGCAGCAGAAAGAGGCGGAGCGGAAGAAACGCAAGGACGACAUCCUGCGGUGGCAAGAAAAGAUUUCGCGCAUGAAUACCGAUGCUGCGCAAGCCAAAGAUGACAAAUCGAGAAUUGAAGAAGAAGGCGCGGUUCAUGCAGAUGAGAUCCGAGCAAAGAUUGCGAAAGAGCAGGCGGAGAUGAAAACAAUUGAUGAUGAGAUCCAGGAUAAAGGAGGUCGGGUCAAGAAGCUGGAAGAAGAGAGGAUGGGAUCGCAAGAAGGCGAUAGUGAGGAUGGCAAGGAGUUGGACCGCAUCGACAACGAGCGAGCUCGUCAAUGGGAGCACAAGCUGGGCACCCUACACACGCGUUAUGCCACGCUUGUGAACUUGCACACGCAAGCCCAGCAACAGUAUCAAGAAGCCCAAGAACGCCUGAAGUGGCUCACAGCCCAGCGACCCGGCAGCUCGGGGCCCUUUGCCUUGCCGACUAUGGACCUCGAUAUGUCAAACACUGCCACAAUUCGCCCCCGUCGCCAUCGCGGUUCACUGAACAGCAAUGUCUCUUCCCCUGUGAACUUCCCAUGCAUUGACACAUCGUUUUCGACUAGUGUCAACUACAACCCGUCUGGUCACUCGCCCACAUUUCCUCCAGGCUCUGCGUUCUUUAAUAUCAAUAAUGGUAUGGCCCUUCCGGGUCUAUCUGACCCCCCAGAGAUCAUGCGCUCAGAUACGGAGAUUGCUUUCAAUAAUCCGCAAAUGAGUCCUCGCGCGGAUGCCCUUCUGCCAUCGGAUCUCCUCGGUGACGAGGAGUCGCCAGAAUUCCCCCGUGUUACUCGUCCAAGGUUUUCAACUAUGGAGACAUCUAGUAACCCCUUGGACAGUUUUGGCCAUGGUCCAGUAUCGCCUGUUUCUUCUGAUGGUCGAGCCGGUAGUAUUUUUGCCAGCCCACUGGAAACUCAAAAUAGGCAUGACGAAUCCCAAGGUGUUCAUCUGUCUGCUGCUGGGGAAGCCCCCAAAAGCGCAACGCGGAGACUUUCUGGACUUUUUGGCUUCCAUCGGCCCCGUGGAAAAACUCUGGCUGACGAAUCUCCUAUGCUGGGUUCUCUGAAACCCGGCCAGAGCCAAUCCUUCCCUCGCAAUGUUGAUGAGCUGGACCCAAUUGGUGCACGGCGGCGACGAUCUAGCUAUACUGGGAACUGGUCAAAUCCGAUGUCAUUGUUCCCUCGAAGCAACACGGCUGGUGUCACCAUGGAUAGUUCUUCUGAUCAUGCACCUUCGCGGCGAGCUGCUUUCUCGAAUAUCUUCUCAUCCAGCAAGUUUGGAUUCGGCGGUACUGGUACCCAUGCGAACUCCGACCUUAGCAGUGGAUAUAAUCAAUUCAGUCCUCGACAUGAUCCCAUUGACCCAUCGUCGCUACUUGGCGGCGUUCGACGCGGCUCUCUGUCCCCACGACCUUCCUCGACCUCAUUCGACACCCAGAAUCAGCUUCCUCACCCCUCGACAGACAACCGUCAUUUCGGGUGGCCAUCGACUGAGAAUGCCGGGCAUCGCAACAGUCCCCUUGGAUUCGACUGGGCCUCGCCAUCCACAUGGUCUCGAGCACCUUCUCGGCGACCUUCAAUCCAGUAUGGCUCAUCGGGUCAUCUUCCUCUUGGUCUGACUGGUGAGCCUGAUUUUGUGGAGGGCACAUUUGAGCGGCAUCAUCGACCGCUCCAGGCACCCAUUGGUACUCGUCCGUCGUCGUCUCAUCGGCCACUGACUCCAAAGCUGAACCCCGCUGCUCCGUCGUUUACGACGGUUCUCACGGGGGAGAAGUCAGAUGACAUAGAACAGGACAGGGCCAACGAUCCUGACAGUCCAUUUGAUAUACACGAGUAUGAUGGAUCUCCCUCCGAAUCCCGCACGUCUCGUUCCCUUUCCCACUUCACUGGCGAUUCAUACGAAUCGUUGGAGCGCAUGCCAUCUGGAGCCUCCUUGGACAAUGCGUCGAAGGAAUCCUUCAUUCGCAAGAUCACACGCAAGGGUAGUUCCACCAAGUUCAGCUCAUGGAAGGAUCGCUCGGGACUCUUCUUCAAGAAGGGUGACUCCUCGCAAGGUGAUAUUGACGAGGAUGCGGCCAGCGAAGCACAGCUUGGCAAGAGUGUUGAUAGCACCGUCUCAAGUGUAGCGUCCACGGACCGGUCGACGCGCAGCAGUCUGGGAUUCUUUUCCCGCAAGUCCCGCAAGUCUGACAAGGCCAGCGAGACUAGCGAACGAGCUAGUGAGACUGGCGACGAAGAGAUGCUGGAGGAGGUUGAAAACCUGUGA